CGCUAUCUUGAUACAAAUUGUUUAGCUUUAAAGCUUAUCUCAACUUUGGCGACUCAAUCAAAAACCUGCCGUAUCUCUUUCUUUCCCUCUCUCUUGUGCCGUAUUAGUUUUGCUCACGCUGACCCUAGUCACUAUUCCUUACACACCUGUCAAACUUAGCCGGUGUUUAGGGAGUUUUUGUUUUUCUCCGCACGCGCCAAAAUUUCUCGCCCGUUAUCGAUAUCCUGUCAGUUCCUGUUAUCACCACCCUUGUUUCUCCGCCCAACUGGAGAUCCCACAGUGUUAAGCUUGAAACAAACCGGAUUUCCGAAAUAACCUCUUGAGCUGCGUUUUCCUCUCACAUCAGUCCUCCCCCAUACUCUCAUCAUUUCUCGGCCAUCCCCUCAUUUAAAUCUCCCUCCAACUCUUUUUAUCCCUUUUUCAGCAUUCGCACCAUGUUUGUUGUUUCGCCAAAAGCCGAUCCUAGAACGCUUUCGCCAAAAUCGGAUAUCUCCGAACCACUCAUAGCCCCCGUCAUGGAGCUUCCGGGGCCUUCUGUCACAAAGUCAAAGGCCCGUAAGAGCAUCAAACGUGCUAGUUCGGUAUCAAACGACCAGCUCUACGAACGAGACCGCUUCAGGUCCCGGUUCUCCCCUGCCUUUGACCUCGAAGUAGUCCCUAGUGCUGUCGACGAUGAUACCGUUUCCUUCGAGGAAGAGGGUACUCCCAGCUAUCUCUGCAAAAAGGAAGAGGAAGAAGCGGAAAACCCUUUUGCUAUCGACUCUUCGGAAUUUCGCUCUCACACCUCGUUAUUCUCCGAGACCGCCAGUUAUGGUGAUGCAGAUAUCAAGCUCCUUACAGUCCCCCGCUUUGAGCAAGCCCUCGACUGGUAUUUUAGCCACGAACUCCCGUCGGUACAGACGAUGUUUCCUUGGCUCCACGGCCUCCACCACGCAAACUUGACCCAGAUCCGGUUUUUCACCAGCACCCAGCUGCCGCCGGUUGCUCCCCGGGUCAGAAUGCUCAUGACCCUCCGUUCAGCCAAGGUGCCAGGCCUUCUUGAUGAUUCUGCCCAGUUGAAGAACUCAGUUGACCUGGAGGAGAUCAUGAAAAAGCUAAACAUUUGCAGAGAGGAUCUCCGGUGCUUGGUGAAUGACUUGGUUGAUGACUUGUACGCUAAAAAGCAUCACGAUACCUCUGACUUGAAGGAGCGGUUGUACAAGGACUGCGUCAAGCUCAAAUGUAAGCCGCUAUUCCGUGUCAUGGACCCUCCUGCGGGCAUUACCCUACGUAACUACCACAUCCAGAGUAACAAGGUCAGCCAGGUAGCUGACAUUGUCGUAUACUGCUUUAAUGACGACCAUGCAGAUAGGAGCGGAGAGAAUUGCCGUUGUGAGUCGCUUGCACGGGUUGUAAACAUGGCCCAGAUGAAGUACCACAAAGAUUUUGGCGAGGGUGACGAGAAGUUUUAUAACACAUACCUUUUGCAGCACACCAAGGGUUUAAGAGAGGCAACCAAAAUAUCCCCCAGGAGAACCUUCUAUGGCAAUAUUACGAUACCAGGUGAAAAUGAGAGCUCUGCAAUCCCAGCCAGUUUAGCCCAGGCCGAAAGCGCUCCGGUUAAACCCGAUCACAGUGCCCCUACAACUCCUCUCUUCCCUGACAUGUCUCCAAAAGCCGAAAGUUCCGUCAUUGAAGUAUCUACCGGCAGUGUUCUUGCGCCAAGUCGGUUGCAUAUAGACCAGCUGAAGUACUUUGCUCUCCGUCCGCUAUCAGCCGAUUCCGCUAAUACCGAUCCCGAGUGCAUUUCUUCCCCCUCGGACCUCGCCUCGUUUCAAAGCUGGGAUGUAAACUAUCUCUUGAAGGAAAGACUUGAGAUUGCCAAGAUGAGCUCCGCUACCCGGCUUUUCGAUCACGUCUGGGUUGGAAACACCCUAGACUGGCACAAUACCCAGUGCGACACCUUCGAGCCCUUGCACCGCGACCAUAUGGAUAUUGAUGAGGAUGUAGCUAUUCCUCGUUAUUGUGAUCCCAGCUUUUCGUUGAUGGGUCUCAACCCGCAGAAUUUGGCUGCCCAGUUAAAAGACCCAACGGUGCACCCCCACUAUGUGCUCUCAACACCGCCUCGUGAGAAAUGGCGGAUCUUUGUCAAGUGCCAUGAAAACGGUGGGGUUCCCCAUGCUGAUUACGUCUCCGCUCUAAUGGAGAAGCUUGAAAGAAUUGUGAAGAGCCCCGAGGUAGCCUACGAGCCGUUCGUUCUCAACUUUGCGUGCUCGGGUGCGUUCCGUUUGGGCAGCUGUACCCAGGAAAUUGUCUCCUCGAUUAUGAACUUGUGUAAGGUAUUGUUCUUUGCGCUGACCCAUGGCAUCCCUCUCUUGCUUUAUUCCUCUGACGGGUACACCGAGAACUCGUUCCUUACAAUCUGUUUGACAAUGUACGGACAAGGGCUCGGCUAUGGGGAGACAUUGAUGCGGCUCCAUAACGAGUACGGCCGCCCUUUCUUUAUCUUUCCGUCGGACCAGGAAUUCCUCAUCAAAGUGGAACCGUUGUUCCGCAAAUACUCUCCUGUGUUUAGAAAGGUUGACGGGUUUACAUUUGAGCCUGUGGAAAUGGAAGAGCUCGUGGGCCAGAGUGUGGUUGCGCUUAGCGAUAAUGACGGCUACGACUGGCUUAGAGACUGUGAUGGGACGUUACCAUCGAGAAUCCUACCGCACUUGUACUUGGGCAGCCUCAAGCAUGCACUGAAUUUGACACUCUUGCGGGAAAUGGGCAUCACCAAAAUCAUUUCCAUAGGCGAAAAGCUUCCCUGGAUGGAGGAAGAAGAUGAUGUAGUGGUGACUUCCACAACUUUAGACACGGUCAAUAUCCUUAACAUCGCCAAUGACCAUUCUAUAUCCAAAGUGAUGAAGAUUGACGACCUUCAAGACGAUGGAAUCGAUACCUUAGCGCCCGUAAUGAGCCAGGCAUUGGGAUUCAUUGAUCGCGAGGCGUUCAAAAUUAAAGAAAAAGUGUUGGUUCAUUGCAGAGUGGGCGUAUCACGGUCUGCAUCGGUAGUUAUUGCAGAGGUGAUGACCCGAAUGGGGAUUGACCUUCCACGGGCGUAUAUGUACGUGCGCGUUCGCCGGUUGAAUGUGAUCAUCCAGCCGAACCUCCGCUUCUUCUACGAAAUGUUCAAGUGGGAAGAAACCCAGGCUCGCAAGAAACCGUUGAAGAAGAAUCCGAGUAUGUCCUCCCUCGCCUCUCAGGCGUCAACCAUCUCGCUUAGAUGUGGCGUAGAUGCGAUGUCGCCGAUACCGCUGUUUGUGGUGUCGCCUCCGCCACUGAUGGUGCAUGUGAUGGAGGGAAAUUCGAAGAAGCACCAGCGGUUGGACACGUUGAGCUCCUUGCCAUCGUCAGCAGCUGCUAGUAACGUGAGUUUGUCUAAAAUGGCACUUGUCGAGAAGGAGGUGGAGUGGUUGAGACAGGUUGACUGGUUUGUCUUGUGUCGAGAGAUUACAUCCUUGAACAAGGCGUAUAUCAACACGUAGAAGGACUUGUGGUUGACCAUGAGGCUGACUCUUAGAUUUUGAUUUCACUCCCAUUUUAUUUGUA